AUGGAUCGACCGUUUCUUGCGUGCUCAAACCUUGUGCAUACUCGCUUGAUCAAAAUCUUGGUGUUCAGAUUCAUGCCCAUUGUACCAAGUGUGGAUUUUUGCACGAUGUGA